UGGGAGUAUAGUUUCUGGGAUCAAACCAUUGAAGAAUAGAUUUCUCACACAUUUUAAUGUUGAGAAGUGUUCCAUCAGUCAAUACACCCACUGAUGGAUACGAAUCUUGAAACUCCAAGAUAACGUUACCCCGCUUGCUUCCCGCGAAUCCACCGAAAUCUGGGGUCCCCACGAUUUUGCUAAUAUCAAAUAGAAAAUAAUGACUCGUCCCGCUGUCUUGGCCCCAGCCAUGGCUGUCAAACUGUAUUCAAAUGAAGCCGUCUAUCUCGUCUAUCGUCAAAAUUUCCAAUCUGGUAAUGAUCGACACUAUGCAUCAUCGUGUGGGAGCACGACUGCACAAGGGAGGACAUGGGAGUACAUCCUGGCGAUUGUCAAGUAUAAAGCCAUUAGAAGUUCUCCAGUCUUUGUGAAGUUGCGAUAUGCAAGAUUGCAAGUUCUGCAGCUAGUAGUUAUAUUUGAAUUCAAUUUCGUACAAUGGCUCGAAAGUACCUUGGAGGUUCUGGUGAGGCAUUGACAGUAUGGAUAUCCAUUGCUGCUUCGACAGUCUUAGUUUUCUAUGGCUACGACCAGGGUGUUUUUGGAAAUGUGUUAGUUGGCGACGACUUUCUUCGAACGAUGGGGUACCCAACAACAAGUGUUCAAGGGACUUUAACUUCGGUCUAUAAUCUGGGCUGUUUCUUUGGCGCGCUCUCUACUAUCUGGACUGGAGAUCUUCUUGGUCGACCUAAAGUAAUACUCCUAGGAAGCACCAUCAUUGCCUUGGGUGCACUCAUUCAAACUGCUAGCUACGGUGUUGCGCAAAUGAUGGUGGGAAGAAUAGUGGCGGGAUUGGGAACAGGAAUGAACACCGCAACUGCAGGUGUCUGGCAAGCCGAGACUAGCAAGAUGAGAAGUCGUGGAAAACUUGUCAUUAUUCAGAUGGCUAAUUGCAUUACCGGAUUCUCGAUCUCUAAUUGGCUUACACUUGGAUUUUCAUUCACCAAGGGUAGUGUGGCAUGGAGAUUCCCUCUGGCUUUCCAAAUAUUCUUCACUGCUGUAAUCUGGGCCUUAUGUCCAUUCCUACCAGAUUCGCCGCGGCUGCUCAUUAGAAAGGGGCGACACCAAGAGGCAUAUGAAGUUCUCGCGGCACUUGAGGGUCAUGGUGCAACAAUCGACUCUCCAUCUGUGAAACAGCAAUUCAAUAUCAUCAAGGACGUCUUGGAUCGAGAACAUAUGAACACAUAUACUUGGUUUCAAUUGCUGUCUGGUAAAGGUCCAUCUGGAGUUUUGAGACGUAUGAUCCUAGGAGCUUGGAUGCAAGCAAUGAAUCAAAUCAGUGGUAUCAAUGUCACUAGUUAUUACAUGACAUACGUCUUCAUUCAUGCACUAGGAAUAUCCGAAUUAAGAGCACGCAUUCUUGCAGCCGCAGGAUCUGUCGACUAUCUUCUUUUCGCCUGUUUAGCCUACUUUGUGAUUGAGCGAUAUGGUCGUCGACGUGUGAUGAUGGUUUCUGCAUUUGCAUGUUCUACUUGCUGGAUUAUCAUCACCAUCGUACUUGCAUUGACUGUCUCUGAUCCAGCAUAUAGCUAUCAAUACGGAGCUGUGGCAGUCUCGUUCUUCUUUGCAUUCUUUGCAUCUUUUGGUAUGGGUGUUUUAGGAGUUCCAUGGCUCUAUCCUACCGAAAUCAAUGCUCUUGAGAUGCGUACCAAGGGUGCAUCUCUAGCUAUGGCUACCAACUGGAUUAUGAACUACAUGGUUGCCGAAGUGACUCCGUCAGGAAUUGCAAAUCUUGGAUGGAGAUUCUGGAUUAUUUGGGCAGUCAUAUGCGCGAGUUUCGUUCCAAUUACAUAUUUCUUCUAUCCGGAGACUGCAAACAGGAGCUUAGAGGAUAUUGAUCGCUUCUUUGAAAGUAAACCUGGACUCUUCAUCUACCGAAAUAAGAUAGCUACUCAGCUACAGAGACCGCAAAUAUAUGAAGAGGAAGACUUAAGACUCGGGAGAGCUGCAGAAGAAAAAGAGUUUCAAAAAUCGAGCUCUGGCCCAGAAAACGGUAUUGAGGUUAUGGAAGUGGAACACAAACUAGCGUAAAUUCGGGAUUUGUUGCCGACAAAAUUGUUUGAUUUUCAUUUAUAUAUUUAAAAUUACCGCUAUAUCUAGGUUCAUGACUGGCUUACAAACCAUUCAUGAUAUUUUAAUUUCAGUUCCAAGAUAGAUUCUAAGAAAGGGUCAUCUUUCUCGCUGCACUCUAUUAUUUCCUUUCAUAGAAUCUCUCUCCUGUCCACCAAAUCUAUCCGAUUAUAUCCUAAUCCAAGCAUUUUGGAGACACUGUUCUUCUGGUAGAUCCUUGCCCCAGAGUUAUUGAGCAG